AUGGGCGGUCAUCGGGGUAUUGCUAAAACAUUUAAUAAAAUAAGCAAGUAUUUUAACUGGCCUGGAUUAAAGAAAGAUGUCAUCCAGUAUUGUAAUGAAUGUCCAGUAUGUGUAAAAACUGGCAAACUAAACCAGAGAAUACCAAAAGCCCCUUUACAGCCAAUUGUGGUGGCUGAGGAACCCUUUCCCCAUAUAAUAGUUGAUGUAGUAGGCCCAUUGUCUAGCACCAGGAGUGGGUUUCAGCAGUUUUGUGGGGAGUUUGGCAUGCUCCAUACGACAUCCACUACUUACCAUCCUGAGAGCCAAGGUGCUUUGGAAAGAAUACAGCAAACCCUUAAACAAAUGCUGAGAACCAGUUGCAUGGAAACUUGCAGAGUCAGGGAUGAUGGUCUUCCACUGAUGCUCAUGGCAUUUAGGGAUACUUAUCAGGAGUCCCUGGGGUGUUCACCCAACUCAUUAGUCUUUGGCCAUGAGGUGAGAGAUCCACUAACCAUCUUAAGAGAUAACAAUGGGGAGUGGUUGGCUAAUGUCCAGAAGUUGGUGGAACAUUUAUCAUCAGAGCAGAAGCACGACUUGAGGCAGUUGUUGACUUCUCAUGCAGACAUCUUUGGCGAUAUUCCCACCCAAGCUACAAUUAUUCACCAUGACAUCGAGAUGACAGACAACCAAUCAGUCAAGUCACACCCAUAUAGAGUCACUCCUGCAAUGUUGAAUUUCAUACGUAAAGAAGUUGACUACAUGCUUCAACAUGGAUUG